GAGUGUGUAUAAACUGUAACUAAAGCGCCACUCUCCGGUCACUCGAGCUCAGAUUUGUAAUGGAAACGAAGCAGCAAAUCAGCUCCUCCUCCGACGUUACCACAAUCAAACCGCUCUGUUGCAUCGUGAAACUCGGUGGUGCUGCAAUUACUUGCAAAAACGAAAUAGAGAAGAUAAAUGAAGAAAAUCUUGGAACUGUUUCUUCACAAUUGAGACACGCAAUGAUCUCAAGUCCUCCUCCAUUAAAGUCUUUUGGGAUGGAUUGGAGCAAGCGACCUGGGACUUCAGAAAUUUCUGUCGAAUUCGAAGAUCCAGCUUUGCCAGACUACAGCAAUUUUCUUGUUGUUCAUGGAGCAGGUUCGUUUGGUCAUUUUCAAGCAAGUAGGUCGGCGGUCCACAAGGGAGGAUUGCAUCUCCCUCUUGUCAAGGCUGGCUUCGUGGCUACCCGUAUUUCUGUUACAACACUCAAUAUUGAAAUUGUGAGAUCGCUAGCCAGAGAGGGAAUCCCAUCUGUUGGAAUAUCACCAUUUGCUUGUGGAUGGUCCACUUGUGAAAGACAUAUGGCUCACGCUGACAUAUCUCAGGUGGUAAAGGCUAUCAACUCUGGUUUUGUCCCUGUUUUGCAUGGCGAUGCUGUGAUUGAUGAGUCGCAGGGUUGCACCAUAUUGAGUGGUGAUGUGAUCAUACGCCAUCUUGCAGAACUAUUGAAGCCUGAAUAUGUUGUUUUUCUUACAGAUGUUUUGGGAGUAUAUGACCGUCCACCUACAGAUCCCAAUGCUAUACUUCUACAGGAGAUUGCUGUAGAUGAAGAUGGGAGCUGGUCUAUAAUUAAACCAACACUAGAAGGCAUGAAUAAGGAAGUUGAAAUAACAGUUGCAGCCCAUGAUACAACAGGAGGGAUGGUGACCAAGAUAUCAGAAGCUGCAAUGAUAGCAAAGCUUGGAAUUGAUGUAUACAUUGUGAAGGCUUUGUCAUUGAUGCACAGGCUGCAACAGAGCACUCUUUAAGAGCCUUAAAGGGAGAGGUGAGAGGCCACGUUCCUGAUGAUUGGCUUGGGACUGUCAUCCGAUCUUCAAAAUAGAGCCACCACUCCACCAGCCUGAUUUUGAAGAUCCCAUGCAAAAUAUGAGAGAUAUUUAUGUUCCAAAAGUUGCUUAUCGAAAAGGAUGUUCAAAGUGAUUACAAACAUGUUUGCCAGGAAAGAUGCUUGGCUCAAAGAUUGUGUAGUGACCUGUGGAUUUUUUUUUUUUUUUGAACUUUUUUAAAGACAAUUUGGGAUCUAUGAUGCUUCUUUUCCCCAUCUACCAGUUCCACAAUUAAGCUA